UAUUCGAAAGAAGUAGCAAAUUGUCAACGAAUUAAGACAAAACGACAGAAUAAUCAACAAGUAUAACAGAAGGCAAAGUUGCGUUCCAAGCAGUAUUUGCCAUUUGUGCGUCGCGAAAUAAAAAUCCCUCAGCAAAAUGGAAACAAGUUUGUUUCUAGUGUUCGUUAUCCUGUGCGGUUGUUCAAUCAAUGCCGGUGCUUCUGCAACGCAAAUACAAUCGUUUAAUACAAACGAAACAAAUCUCACAGACUUAGAACAAAUGGAUUUCCGCGGGUUGGUCUAUGCGGCUAAUAUCAGUGAAGAGUUCUCACUGGCAGCUGCAGAUGUCUUCAGACGAAAAUUCGCAAAUAGAUACAUUCAAAUCGAACAAGGUGAUGAUUAUGAAGUGCAAGUAUCUGACGGUUCGAUUAUUGUUUAUCGUUAUGAAGAGACUGUGCUGGUGCUCAAACAUUUCGGAUCACACAUUUUAGACCUUAGAAUUAUGUUUUAUGAUGAAUCAGAUCAAGAAAGUCAACUGAAGCAGAUUAUCACUCUUUUGAAUCAAAAAUGUUCCAAUUUGACGAAGCUAAGUAUCUAUAGCAGCGAGAAUUGGGAUACGUUGGAAGACGUCCAACGGAUAUUUUACACAGUAAAGGAUUUGGCCUUCUUUGGUCGAUAUAACAAAUUGGGAAGUGAAACAUUGAAUCUGAACGAAAUGUUUCCCAAUGUACGAAGUUUGACUUUGCGAUACGUUGAACUAAAAGACUAUGAUAGUGUCAACAUUACCCUUCCCAAUUUGAGGAUUUUCAGACUAGAAUUUAUGGAGAUUUCUGACCGAUUCGAAUUUAAGAAUUUUAUUUAAAAAAAUCCUCAACUCAAAGGGUUUAUCCUCAGUAACACUAACAGAAGCUAUAUUAAAUUUGCAAGCGAACAUUUGGUGAAUCUAGAUGGUCUGACUCUUGGUCCCAUCAGAUACGUAGACUAUACGGACGAGAUUCACUUCAAAAAUGUCAAAGGGUUUUCACUAUUCAGUUUCCAUGGGGAAAACAUCACUUUCGACGACCUUGAAGAAUUCUAUUGUGAUCAAGGUGCAUUCCCGAAUUGGCUUGAUUUCAUUAAGCCACAUCGGAAUAUAAGCAAACUUGGACUUGUAGGAGUUUCGGGAAUAUCCGACAAUGAUCUUAUCUUGCUCAGCGAACGAGUACCAAAUUUGGUUGAAGCUACUUUUUCAUGUGAAUAUGGCGUCGAUGUGGAAAAUUUAAUUCGGUUUUUGGAGAAGAGCAAACAUUUAAAGAAUCUUAAGUUGUUUAAAUAUGGUUUUGCUAAAAGAUCUGGAAACAUGGAUGCACUAAAGUCUCGUAUAGAAGACAAAUGGACGUUAACACUAAAUGAGAGGUCGGAUUAUUAUAAGAUUGAACGUAAAAAUUAAACAACAAGAAAUUGUGUAAUAAAUUUACAAACAGCGGUGAAAUAAAGAAUAAAAUACUA